AUGGCCGAAGAAACCCAGGUCCUCACCAUUCAACAGCGCAUCGCGGCCUUGAAUCAAGCCCAGGCUGCGCAAAGCCCCGACUCCGCCGCGUCGCCGUUCCUGACUUCCUCCAAGCCGACCCCGUUGGCUUCGCGUCCUGCUCCUCGCGCCCAACCUGCCAACAACCAUCCGGUGAAUACGUCCGCUAACAAUGAACCCGAGAAGUCACAGCCACGUCCCGUGCCUCGUGCCCCAUCGACCACCCAGAUCAGCGUCCAGAAACCUAAGGUGCCCCCGCCUUUACCGGCCCGAGCUCCAGCCCUACCCCCGCGCAGGCCGUCCGAACUCUCGCGCAAGAACUCCCUAGAAUCUGUCGCAUCAGAUGCGUCACGCUCAACAUCUACCAGCGCUGGAAGAACCACCGGAACAUCGUCGAGUUCCGUCACCUCGGGUGCGUCUUAUGGAAUCCGCGCGCCGGCAUGGGGCGAGGCAGAGCUUCCCGCUCUCCCUCCCAGGAGACAAGAUAUCAAGCCCCCUCCAAGACCAAAGACAACCGCGACAAAUAGCACGAGAAGCGUCUCCCAGUCUCGGCCACCGCUACCUUCCCGCCGCGAGUCGACCAACAGCGUCUCUACCAAUGAUUCCGCCAGCUCUCGGCCACCGCCUCCUUUGCCUUCGCGGGGGAAGUCUCCCGCUCCCCCUUCGUCGUCCAGGAAGCUUCCUCCGCCGCCGCCCUCCAACACGGCAUGGGAGAAGCUCCAGAAAUCCGGGUUCGCAUCAAUCAACAAGAAGAGCGCCGAAAGCACAAACAAUACACCGCAUUCCAACCCGAACGGAACACCACCGCCGGUUCCCUUGGCAUCCCGACCGGAUCUCUCCAAGAUCCAGGCCACCAAGCCGCGUCUAUAUUCUUCCAGCCCCCCGGCCACCGUCCCGAACACAGUCUGUCUGAAAUGCCGGGAUUUUACGGGACCAGACACUCACGCGGCUCGGUACCCACGACAGUCUCUUCCGACGCACGACCUGGCCUGGCUGGCACGCGAGCUGACGGCGCCGUUUCCGUCGUUGACCGACAAAGCCCGCGCCAUCUUCACAUGGCUGCAUCAUAAUAUAGAGUACGACGUACACGCAUUCUUUAAUCACUGCAUACAACCGUCGACCCCGGCCUCGACGCUCGCGUCGGGACUGGCAGUCUGCGAAGGAUACGCGAAGCUAUACGCUACACUGGCUACCCACGCGGGGCUGGAAGCCCUUGUAAUUUCCGGCCACGGCAAAGGCUACGGCUACACUGAACCUGCUCCUGGUGCCGCCGUCCCCCCGCGACGGCCAGACGGCCAUGCGUGGAACGUGGUGCGGAUCGACCACGGGCAAUGGAAGUUGCUUGACGCCUGUUGGGGAGCGGGCUCCGUCCAGGGCGCCGGACAGCCCUACCAGAAGGGGUUCAACCCGGCGAUGUUCACCGAUACCAACGACGAGUUCGGUCUGCGGCACUUCCCCGCCAACCCCGGGCAGUUUUACCGUGACGACGGUCGUCCCGAGAUCAGCUGGGAGGAGUACAUCCUGGGCAACCCGAACUCGCCGCUAUGCGCUGAGCAGCCACAUACUUUUAGCGACGCGGAUAAACACUCCAUCGGUAAACGAUCCUUCCUCCCGGCGGCCAAGCGGAUUGCCGUGUCGCAGCCGGGCCCGAUACGCUUCCAGUUCGGGCUCGUCUGCGAGCACUGGACGCUAGAGCACCACACUCGGGCCAAGCCGGGGUUGUUUCUGCUGAUGAUCCACGGGGUGGAUGGCCGCCAGGACGACCGGCUGCCCUUGACUCAUUUCCCGGGGUCGGGUCCUGCCGGUGGCGGCGCUCUCUGGUAUGUGGAUGUGCCGAGUGCGCGGAUGCUGGGCGCCCCGGGCCAGAAGGUGCAGCUGGCGGUGUUGACCACAAUCGGGGACAUCCAGGAUGCCCGCGGGGUGACUGCGGAGGAAUAUCGGCGACAGGUAGCCGAGUGGGGAUGUCGUGGGGCGUAUAUUGCGGAGUAG